AUGUAUGCCGGUUGCCCUGUUUUGCUGGGCUCAAAAUGGGUUUGCAAUAAAUGGAUUCACCAAUAUGGCCAAGACGACUUCAAACCUUGUAAACCUGGUUACCAAAAGGAUCGCAAGAUUGCCCACCUGGUCACCAAGAUAUCCAGGGACCAAAGCUUAUUUGAAGAAUAUAAGACUUAUAAGAUAGGUAAAACAAACAAAGCAACGACAGCAAAUUGA